AUGUCAAAGUUCUUCAAACUCGACGUUUCGUCGUCGGAGUCUUCCGAUUCUGAUGAGAGUGAUCGUGAGAUCACCGUACCGACUACUCAUAAAAAUAUGUAAGUUUUUUGGAUAUUGCUUCUUGAUUUUUAGGUAAUAUUUGAAAAGAAGUGUUAGAUUCGGUUGUUUUACUGAAAAUGAUGUGGAACUUGGCCUUCUUUUAGAACCCUCAUAAACUGUUAUCUUUAAUAGUAACUAACGUUUAUGUUUUGGAUUUUUUACGGCUUCAGAAUAUUAAUAACGAGCUUUUCUUUCAGAAUCCGUGACUUCAGCUAUCCUAGUGAUAGUGACGAUGAAGGACCAAAGCGCGUGGUUCGAGCUCAGAAAGACAAGUUCUACAGUGCCCUAAAGGAUCAAAUUCGUCUUGGCAGAAAUGCUAGAAAUAUUAAAGAUUUCUCCAAGCUGCUUAAUGGUAAGUUAUAAGUUUUUUUUGCAUAUUUAGGCAAAAUUAGUUAUCUAAAGUUAAAUUAUGUCUACUUUUAAAUUUUUUGUUUGGAGAAAGAAGUCAAGCAUUUGAAUCAAAAUUAAUAAUUUAAGUAAUAUUAGGGGAAAAGGCUUGUUGGAGUUGUUUCUGUAUUAUAAAUUUCUGUUUUAGGCUUCGAAAACCUUGCUCGAUCGUACGACAAGGCCAAGCUUAUUAUGGCCAGAGAGAACUUGACUAUUCCGCGGUUCUACAUUAGAUAUUUGGUUGAAUUGGAGGAUUUUUUGAACGAACAAUGGGAAGAUAAAGAAGCUAGAAAAGUAAGUAACAGUUUCUUAAAAUUAUACUGUUUUAGGUAUUUAAAAAGUAAUAAAAGAUGUUUUAGAACAUGUCAAAACUUAAUGCCAAAAGUUUUUCGGCUCUAAGACAGAAGAUCCGUAAGUACAACAAAGAUUUUGAGACCGACAUCAGUGCUUAUCGUGAAGGACCAGAUCCAAUCGGAUACUCGUCUGGGGCGGCUUCGGAAGAAGAUGAGCUGAUUGACGAUGAGAAGCCAGUGGCCGUGGCUGAGAAGGCGGCUAAGAAGCCAAAGGAUUUGGCCGAUUCUGAUGAAGACUGGGCAUCCGACAGUGAUUCGGAUUCUUCAGAUUCUGAUAUUGAUUUGGAAGGAAAGCAGAUGGAGGAGUUGAGGAAAUACUUUUUGAAGUAAGUGGUUUCGAUGUUUUUGGUUUGAUUUUUAGGUAAUUAAUAUGAUUUUUUAAAGGAUUAUGGUCAAAACUGGAAAAAAGAACAUUAUUAUCUUAUAAUAAUAGCCUCAAAACCUUGAAAACAGUUGAAUAUCACCUAUUUUUACUCUUUUCAAGCUGUCAAUGUAAUUUUUUUAAUCCAGGAAGGAAAAGACAACUACAAAGAAGGAGAAGUCAGACAGAGCUCAGAGGGAAAAGAGAGAAAAGGUAAAGAAGGAAUUGACUGACGAUGAAGAUGAUGAAGGAUGGAGCAAAGUCACUCAUAAGGACAAUGCUUCGAAGCCACUGUUCGAUACCAAGGCUGAGAUCACCACUGAAGUAAGUUUUUGAUUAAACUUGCUAAUAAAUGUUUUAAUGAGACUUUUUUGUCUUAAAAAUUAAAAUAUUGUUGACUUUGUUACCUAAACAAAUUAACGUAUUUUAGUUGGUCAUUAGUAAACUGGCUGAAAUCAUCGCUCAACGUGGUCGCAAGAACACUAACAGAAAGGUAUUCGUCCGUCAUCUACAGGAAUUGUACACCAUUGCCGAUGAACACAAUUUGGGAGCUGGAGUUUUGGCCAAGAUCCUGGUAUCAGUGGUGUCAUCGUUGUUCGAAAUGAACUCGAAGAUCACCGAAGCCAUGGAUUUCAGUGCUUGGACCAAGACUUUGGAGACCAUUGAUGGGCUUCUGAACUUGUUGAUUGAGAAUGAGAAUGUGAACAUUUCGAUCAAGACUACUGAAGAGGAAGAAAACUUGUCGGUAAGGGUUGUUUUUAUAUUAUACUUGAGUGUAUGGGUAUUAGUAGCUUGUUUUGUUUGUUUAGAAGAAGGUAGUACUUUGAGUUUGGAAUGGCUUAAAUUAGAUUUUUUUGAAACUUUUUGAUGUUUUACAUAAUAACUUGUGAUUUUAGGACUCUAGCAAGCCUUACCGCUUCCACGGGUCAGUGAUCAUGCAAGUAAAGCGUUUGGACGACGAAUUGACUAGAAUUUUCCAACAGUCUGACUGUCAUUCGACCGAAUAUAUUGAGAAGUAAGUUAUGAUUUUGAACUUUUAAAGUUUUUUUGUGCUUAAUAACUGAAUUUUGAAUGAAACGUUAAUUUUUUAAAAUUUUUAUGUUAAAAAUUAAUUUCAUGAGGACCUCCUACUUUUAUGAUUGGAAGUCAUAGUUCAAUAUAAUGUAGUAAUAUUGACAUUUUUAGGCUGAAAGGAGAGAAACUUCUGUGUGAUCUGGUCGAAAAAGCUCAGAACUACGUUGAAUUGAGGAAGAAUGCCGUUGGUUUUGACGUAAAUGAGCUGGCUACCAUCUACAUGAUUAGAAUAGAGCACCUGUACUACAAGUACACUGAAGAUCCAGAGGCCGAAAAGACGUUGUCAGACUUGUGCAAGAAGAUUUACGGCUUGAAGGAAGAGAAACUUCAGAGACAACGUGCUUUAUUGUGCCAGACAUACCAUCAUGCCCUUCAUGAUCGAUGGAACAGUGCCAAAGAGUUGUUGUUGAUGUCUCAUUUGCAAGCUAUUGUUGAUCACACUGAGGCUAGCACUCAGGUAAGGGAGCUUGCUUGGUUUUCAUGAUAGGUUUAUAAAUUUUUGGGGCGGUUUUUAUAUUAGAAAGGAAGUUUUUGUGUUUUAAAAGGUGAAACGUAGUCUUUUUUUUCAAAUUAGAAGGUAUUGGACUUUUUUAAAAUGACGUUUUAAAUUUCAGAUCUUGUACAACAGAACGAUGUGCCAAAUAGGCCUCUGCGCCUUCCGCCACGGCUACAUCCGUGAAGCUCAUCAAGCUCUGUCGGAGAUCCACAACACUCAAAGACCAAAGGAAUUGCUAGCUCAAGGUGUAGCACCAAGACUCUUGGAAAGAACGGCCGAACAAGAAUCGAGAGAAAGAAGUCUUCAAGUCCCAUAUCAUAUGCACAUCAACCUGGAAGUCAUGGAGUGUGUCUACCUGAUCUGCUCGAUGCUGUUGGAGAUCCCGAGCAUUGCUUCUCAUGAGUACGACCUGAGACGAAGACUCUUAUCCCGCCUUUUCCAUUAUCAAUUGAAGUUCUCCGAGCGAUCCGCCUUGAUUGGUCCACCAGAAAACACCCGUGAACAUGUUGUAGCUGCUUCCAGAGCCAUGUUGAAAGGAGAUUGGGUCAAAUGUAGAGAUUUCAUUAUCAAUGAGAAGAUGAACACUAAGGUAAGGUGUUUUUGAAGUGAUUGUCUUUGAAAAAUUGGGUUUUUAAGUUGGGAAAGCUUGAUUUUAAAAAAAUUUAAUUUAUGUUGCUUUUGAUAUUAUUUUUUAUUACUUCUAUAUUGUUUCAGGUAUGGAACUUGUUCCGCGACUCAGAAAAGGUCAAGACCCUAGUCAUCGAGAGAAUCCAAGAAGAAUCCUUGAGAACCUACCUUCUGAUGUUCUCUACCGUCUACUCCACAUUGUACUUUGAGAACUUGUGUUUGUUGUUUGAGCUAUCAAAGGAACGUGUCUACUCGAUAGUGAGCAAGAUGAUUAUCCAAGAAGAGUUGAGUGCCACUUUGGAUGAACCAACGGAUUCGAUCAUCAUGCACAGAGUCGAGCCAUCAAGACUUCAGCUCUUGGCCUUGAGUUUGACUGAUAAGUUGUCUCAAUUGGCUGAUAACAAUGAACAGAUCAUCGAACCGAGAGGUGGAAGAUCAGGAUUUGCUGGAACUGGCGGAUGGACUCAACGUGGAGGCACAGACAGGACUGGAGAUGACAAGAGAAGGGCUGGUGGCAUGUUCCAAGUAAGUUUUUGGAGAUUUGUGGGGAAUUUGUCUACUUUUGAGGGUUUGCUAGAUAUUAUAGUAGAGCAUAUUAUUUAAGUCGGAUUUUUUGGUUAGUUAAUGGAUUUCAAAUUGAUUUAUUUAAACUUUUUUUUUACUAAUAAUAUUGUUUUAGGGCCAAAGGAACGCGGAAGGUGGCCAACGCCGUGCCUGGAACCAAAACCAGAAUCCGAACCGUCGCCGCGACGUCCGAGUCAGAUUCUGA